GUUGUUAGUCUGGUUUAUGACACGGUCGAUGGCGGAGGGUAAACCUGCGAGUGAAGAGGCAUCGCCCUAGAUAACGGUAGAAUUGUGCACUGUUGCGGGUGUCUUCCACGCGUAAAUAUAAUCUAUAAAGUAAUCCGUGGAAGUGAUAAAACGGACAACGCAACUAAGUGACAUAAAAUAAAAAUUAAAGUAAUACAACGAGAAUUGAAAAACAUCAUUGUGCGCGAUCAACUUGAGGUCGGUUAGCACGAACGGAAAACGGCCCCCCCGCAUACGGCGUCUGUGGUUUCUUUCGUCGAGAGUUUACACGCUACAAAAUUCAGGACAAGAACAAGUGACACAGUCGUACGGGUGAUAUACUACGUGAAUUGUUGAUUGUUAUAAAACAAGUGUGUGCUUAACCUGCUUAAUUGUAUUAUUUAAACUUGCAUUAAAAUUUAACAUCCAUGAACCCAUGGCGGUGUAAUGACGAAUCGGUAGACAACGGGACAGAAAGCAGCUAAUUGUCGGAAAAUACUGGGAAAACAUCAUUUGCAGUAUUGAAGAUUGGAAAGAAUAAAACCAUUCAAUUAAGCAAAUAAAUAUUUUAUUUAGUAUAAUUGGUGUUAGUGAUUGUGGUUUGCGUUUUCACGCCAAGAUUAAAACACAACAGCGGGAAAAGUCGACUUACAAUCGCAUACAACAGUGAUAGGCAGUACAGGGUAUAGCUGGCUAGAGAGACUAGAGAACAAGACGAAGCGAAUUCGGUGACCCUUCGGCUGUGACAGGGAAAGAAUAGUUAGUUAGAAAAGAAAGAAUGCGUGAAUAUAAAAUAGUGGUACUGGGUAGUGGAGGUGUUGGCAAAUCAGCCCUCACUGUCCAGUUUGUUCAAGGAAUAUUUGUUGAAAAGUACGACCCAACUAUCGAGGAUAGUUAUCGCAAGCAAGUUGAAGUUGAUGGUCAACAAUGUAUGCUGGAAAUUUUGGACACAGCUGGCACAGAACAAUUCACAGCCAUGAGAGAUCUUUACAUGAAAAAUGGUCAAGGGUUUGUUUUAGUUUAUUCAAUCACUGCGCAAUCGACGUUUAAUGACUUACAAGACCUUAGAGAACAAAUAUUACGGGUAAAAGAUACAGAUGACGUUCCAAUGGUACUCGUUGGUAAUAAAUGUGACUUAGAAGAUGAAAGGGUAGUAGGAAAGGACCAAGGUGUCAACCUUGCUCGGCAAUUCAACUGCGCCUUCAUGGAGACCUCUGCCAAAGCUAAAAUUAAUGUUCAUGACAUCUUCUAUGACCUUGUGCGACAAAUUAAUAAAAAAUCACCGGAGAAAAAGAUAAAACAAAAAAAGAAAUCGUUGUGCCUACUUCUUUAAAGUGAACAAGGCCUUGGCCAUGACACUUUUCAUUGAGUGUCAAAAAGAGUUAAAAAGGGGAAAGCAAAUAAUAAAUAAAGAUAAAAUAAAAUUAAGUCGAAACUAAAAAAUCGGUGAAUUAAAUUGAUGAGAUGUGGAAAUCUUAGUAAUAAUAAUAACAAACAAGGGGGCUGAACGUACGAUGUAAUAGACGAAGAAAAAUAAUAUGAAAAAAUAAUAAUAAAAGAAUGAAAAAACACAUAAAGAGAGAAAAAAAGGCAAAUAGGUAUGAUAAAUGAUGAGAGAAGGUUGUACAACAACUCUAAUAUGGAGAACGAGGGGUGGAAAAUUGUACAUAAGGUUGUUCUGGGUCGGCUUAGGUGCACGCGCAUCAACAGCGCACAAAAAUAUGGUCAAAGAAUACGAAAAACGUGUAUACGAAGCCCCAUAACAUCGGCCAUCACUGUAAUUUUGCAUUAAAAAAUUGAUUUUAUGUAUUUAGAAAAAAAAA